ACUCGAGAGUAGAUCAGUAGAGUCGACGGAGAAGAAGAAGGUGAGGAAGACAUGAAGGAGAGUGUGGCUUCGUCUUCCUCCGACGAUUCAGUUUUGAAUCCAUGUCCCAUAUGCCUCGGACCCGUUCAGCAAGAAGCUUACUUGGAUGGCUGUUUCCGUAUGUCUCUACUCCUCCUCUCGAUAAAUUUUGCUACAAUUGUAUUGCUGAAUGGGCAAAAUUGCUUACUAGUCGUCAUCCUCAACCGCAAUCCUGUGUGACGUGUCCUAUUUGCAAGGGUGAUAACUUCUCUAUAAUAUAUGGAUUUGAUGGGAAUUCUUUUCAACAGCAUUAUCCGAACCAGGAUGUUGAGAAGAGCUUUUCGUUAUCAGAAGUUCACAAGUAUAGAUUGAGAUGCUACCUCAGUGAACCAGGAGCCGUCUAUGAGAAAUUCAAUGUAUUGAAGUAUUGGAAGAGCAAUAAGUAUCUUCAGCCAAACAAAUGGCUGCAAAGAUGGUUAAGACGGGAAUUUCAGGCGUUGACAAAGGUGGAGGAUGUGGAAAUUCUCAUGCAUCACAUACUUGGUGUGGUUGAAUCUUUCAUGAAACGAAAUGAAUGUGAACUUUCCAAAAGUACACCUGAACGAAAACAAGAGGAGUUCAAGGCUUUGGUAUCUGAUGCUGCAAAACGAUUCUUAAUGGAAAGAACAGAACGCUUUGUGAAUGAGGUAGAACUGUUCCUUGCUGCAGGUCUUACCAUUGAAGCUUAUGAUGAAGUUUACAUGCAGUCUUUGGGUCUUGGCACUCUUGAUGUAACUAGUGAGGAAACUGAUGUACGUGAACAAACACAGGAUCUUUUUUAUGAGGAUUUUGAUAGCAAUGAAUGAAGAAUGUGCAUUAUGAACUUA